AUGAACCUAAGUCCUUCAGACCAGAGUGUGCACAACUCCAGUGAAGGCUGUCUGGAGGAUGACAAACACGGCGUCCUGCUGCCUUGCUUACGCAGAAACAUCUACAAUGAGCCACUUUCCUCCUACUCCAACAGCUCAAUCAUAUCGCAACUUCUCCGAAAGAGCAUGCACAGCAAAAGACCACUUGAUGAAAGGCAUUUCUAUAUGCCCAACUCGACUGCCACUGACUCUGGGCAGGAGGACCGCAGCAGCGUGUCGUCAAAGGACAGCACGGCGGAGGCAUCCUCCCCCAAUUGCUACAUUUCCACGAGGUGCGGCACAGAGGGAGAGCCGCUCACGCCCGACCACCUUCAAGCUAAGCGAGCCCGUGUGGAAAACAUCAUCCGGGUGAUGGCAGGCUCUCCCAACAACAGGGCGCACGGGGACAGUGAGCGGCCCGACGUCGAUUCCCGAGACCCCCGGGAGUCUAGAGAGGCAUACCGGGAGAAUAAACGCAAGCAACGGCUACCUCAACAUCAGGAGCACAGCGUUGGAGGGCCGGUGAAUCGAAAAGCUCAAGGUGAUCGCGAUGAGACGAACGCCAAGGACGACGAGUGUCACAAACUCAAAGAGCAGCUCCGCAGCAUGCAAAAGCUUAUGCGUCAGCUCCAGGAAAAAGUCCUUCAAGUCUAUAAGCAGGAUGAUGCAGAUCUGGAUGACAAGGCAGCUGGAACCGCUGAUUGUCACACCCCGGUGGAAAGCUGCUACACGGGUCCUGAAGAUGGUUUGGAGAGGAAGAGCAAGCCGAGUCCAGAGCGUGACAAUAGAAUAAAAGCAGUUGGUCAUCUGGCUCACCAAAUAGAGAGUCAGAACCUUCGGGAAAUCUUGAAGCAGGAGCUGUCCAGAGCUCUGAAUGACUGCGUGGACCGGGUGCUGACCAAGGUGUCCUCAUCAGGACUCGAUGUGCCCUCUCAACAGCGCAUGUGCCCGUCUCCAGAGGUAAAGACUAACUUUAGUGCUGGCAGAAAGAACCAAGAAGAAGGUUCAAUGCAGGAGCACCUGCAGGCUGAAGAGUCCCCCACCAAGCCCCACUCUUUGGAAUAUUACGAUAACUCAGAGGCACACCAGGACCAGACAGAAGCGCUCUCACUGGUCGUUCGCAAACCAGUGACAACACCUCUGAGCUCAGUCACCUCCGCAGUGAAGCGGCCCUAUCCUGUGCAUCAGACGCCGUUCCAUUUUAACUACAGUGCCCCUUUGCAUGACAGUCAGAUACUGGAGCACCUUCUCAAGUACGGGCCGCAUUCUAACUUUGGAGCUCUCCACUGCAUACCCCAUUCGAUGGACGGAACCUCUCCAGACUCGGUCGACUUACCUUGGGACACCAUCGCCUUGAGAUCCAAAGUGACACCCGGUCAUCUCAGCCACCACCCUCGUCCCUCUGCGCUGGGGACUGUGACGGUCGACACUCUCUGCCUCCCUCACGUCAAACUGGAGUGUGGCGAGAUGCAAAAUAUGGCUGAGCGAAACCCCUACAUGUCCCUCAACAUCCAGGAGGGUCUCACCCCGAGUCACUUGAAGAAGGCCAAACUGAUGUUCUUCUACACUCGCUACCCCAGCUCCAAUGUCCUGAAGACAUUCUUCCCUGAUGUCAAGUUCAAUCGCUGCAUCACAUCUCAGCUGAUCAAAUGGUUUAGUAACUUCAGGGAGUUCUAUUACAUCCAAAUGGAGAAGUUUGCCCGCCAAGCCAUCGUCGACGGCAUCAGUGAAGUCAAAGACAUCACAGUCAGCAGAGACUCCGAGCUAUUCCGUGCACUCAAUAUGCACUACAACAAGGCCAACGACUUCCACGUUCCAGACAAAUUCCUCGAGGUUGCUGAAAUUACUUUGCAUGAGUUUUACAAAGCCAUUUCUGUGGCCAAAGACUCAGACCCAUCCUGGAAAAAGGCCAUCUACAAGGUCAUCUGUAAACUAGACAGUGACGUCCCAGACGAGUUCAAGACAUCCUCCUAUUUGUAGGACAAAGCGGAAAAACAUUGUGACAAAAAUACUGUCGGAACUGCUGACGGGCGGAAAGUUUGACACAUGAGUACUUUGAUCAUUUCAUUGUAGUGCUUUUUACUAGUGAAGUGAAACGUAGCUGUUGGAUGAUGUUAUUGAUUAUGGUAGUUUGUUAAUAUUCUUGUGGCAUCAGACGAAACGAAUUAUUCAUGCUUGUUGUGUAUUAUGCAGCUUGUGUUUACUUCUAUAAUUGGCCUCCGUACAAUUAGACAGUUGUUCAGUUUGUAGUUGUUCCAUUUGUUUACGAAAAUGGAAUCCAUCUUUUCCAUCUCCGUUAACUCGGGGUGGGGCUUUGAUAUCUCCUUGAUCAAAUAUGGAAGAAGUUCAUUCAAUGAUAUUGAAGAAUAUUUGAGUCAUUCAGCAUUUAUUGUAUUGUAUUCCAGAAUCGAAGCACAUUUAGGCUUCAAGAUUCUUGAAAAAUAAGCCUUUACUCUUCUGAUAUUCUGUUACAUAUCAACUGAUCAUAAUGACAAAAAAUAAAUUCUUAAGCCCGAGUAAUGGAGUUGCAAUCAAGGUUGCAGGUAGCACGUUUCCAAAUCUGGACAAACGUUCGCUUUCUCUCCAGAGUAGAAGCUAGCUGUGCAGCUAGCUGUUUUUGCAGAAGAAUAGGACUUUUUUAAAAAAAAGAAUUACUUAUUAUCAUAAGGAAGCUUGUUGUUGAUGAAACUUGGUGUUAAUGAGUAAAGAAAAUAUACAGUAAUUGUCUUAUUAUGAUUAUAUGCACAACAGGGUUACAUGAGCUCGAGUGAGACAUUUAAUCAAGGCGAACUACUGUACGUAGUUAUACAAAUGUAAGUUGAGGGGUUUGUUGUUUUUGAAUGGGUAGCUCUACUUUACGAAACGGCAAAAGGAGAGAUGGAUUCCGUUUGAACGCAGAUUUACCGAAAGGACGUCUACUCUGCACCGCACCGCAGUACCAUCCAGAACACACUCUUCUAGGCGACUAGAACACUUCCUGUUUUCCGUUUCUUCAACCAAUCAUUGGCUAUCAACAUACAAACAUGUCUGGGCAAUUAUUAAACAACAGAAUAAAAUGGAGGUACUCUUAACAUGAAAUAAUAUGAUGCUCAAACAGGAUAUGAUAAUAAUUAAUAAUAUAACACAAGAUUACACAAAUAUGAAAAUUUGAAGAGAGGACAUACGACCAUGCUAAAAAGGUGAUGGUAACAGCGUUGUGUGCACGUUGUGGCACAUGUUUUAUUGAAGUAAACAAGGAGCUCAACGUUCCUUUGGCGUUGUUCUUCUUUAGACCACAAAGUAAUUGAGACUGAAUCAACAACAGUGUCUUCGCUGGCCUCCAUCACCAACAAUUAAAUUCCAAUUCAUAAUUGUAAACAAGAAUUCAUGGAUUUACCACAUUUGUUCAUUAUGCCCAUCCCUUUGCGAUCAACCAUUGUUUAGCUUUAUCCUGAUGUAGAUGGUUUUAUUGAGACUAGUCCCGUUUUACUUUCCAUUGCUGUUUGCUGUGGGGGAAAAAACAUGCACUUAUGCUGUUUGUGUCAUAAUGUGUUAAUGUGAUUAUGCUGUACACUAGUUGCUUAAUGCUAAACGCAAGUAGAAGCAAAGCAAAUGAUUUAUUGUGAACAAAGGUGAUGCUUUUUUUAUGUAAAGUACAAUCAUUUCCCGAUAUUUCAGUAAAAUACAUUGUAAUGGAUGAUAAUGGAAUUAAAGAUGCUUUAAA